AUGAUGGGCGGCGCGAGCCCCUCGUACGUGGACUUCUCCAACAACGACAGCACCACCACCAACCUGGCCCCGAACGGCGGCCCACCGCUCGACGAUCUGCUCAAGGAUGAUCUCUGGGAUCUGGUCAACGGCGGAGUCGCCGCGGCCGCGGGUCACCUCUACAGCGACGCGCCGCCUGCCGACGCCGACAUCGCCGCCGCUCUGCGCGACAUCGACGAACUCGCCAUCAACCUGUAG